AAUCUUCGUUUGUGAAAAUUGUUUAAAAUGUGUUUAAUGUUAAUACACAAGAAGAACUUCUUUUGGAUUAAGUUCUCACUUCUCUUUCUUACAUUAUUUGGAUUAAUAAACUCAGCAUCAGGAUUUUUAUCAUGCAAUCCAUCACCUUGUCGGAACAAUGGAGUGUGCUUGUCGAAUGGCAAGAGUGCGUCAUGCAACUGCACAUCCCGUUACGUCGGUAAAUUCUGCGAAUACACAAAUCCAUGCUUGACAGCUCCAAGAUGUCAAAACGGUGGAACAUGCGAAGUUUUAAUCAAAGAUGGUCAAGUUAGUUUUCAAUGUAAAUGUCCUGUGGGAUUCUCAGCAAGUCUUUGCGAAAUUGCUGAGGAAACUGCAUGCAGUUCGUUUCCAUGUAGAAAUAAUGGAAAAUGCAUUCUAAAAUCUUUAAAAGAUUACGAAUGCAAAUGUCCCGAAGGAUUUUUCGGUAAAAACUGCGAAAAGUCGAAUUUGUGUUCAACAACGCCAUGCAAGAAUGGAGGAACCUGCGCUGUGCAAAUGAAUGGAAAUAAAUUCAAAUGCGUUUGUCCACUUGGCUUUAAAGGUCCAACAUGUAGUGAAGAUGUUCAAGAGUGUAACAACAAUCCUUGCAAACAUGGUGGAACUUGCUUAAACACGCAUGGGUCUUAUCAGUGUGUUUGCGAGCCUAAAUAUACAGGAAAGAAUUGCGAAUCACCGUACAUCCCAUGCUUGCCAUCUCCUUGCCAAAAUGGUGGAACGUGCAAGCCAUCAAUAAAUUCUUACGAAUGCAAGUGCCCUCCAGGGUUCAAAGGAAAGAAUUGUGAAGAGAAUGUCGACGAUUGCUUUGGCCAUCUGUGUCAAAAUGGUGGCACAUGCAUCGAUGGAAUUAACACAUAUCGUUGUCGUUGUCCACCGAACUUCACUGGAGAUUAUUGUGAGAUUGAUGUUGACGAAUGUGCCACAAGACCUUCGGUGUGCCAAAAUGGAGCGACUUGCACAAACUCUCACGGAAGUUACGCAUGCAUUUGCGUGAAUGGAUGGACUGGAGAUGAUUGCAGUGAAAACAUUGACGAUUGCGUCGAUGCAGCUUGCUUUAAUGGUGCAACUUGUAUCGAUGGUGUUGGAAGCUUCAGUUGUCGAUGUACACCUGGAAAGACUGGAUUGUUGUGCCAUUUGGAUGACGCUUGUACAUCAAAUCCUUGUCACGCUGAUGCCAUAUGCGAGACAAGUCCAAUCGACGGUUCCUUCACAUGUUCGUGUGCGCAAGGCUAUAAAGGAACGAAUUGUUCCGAAGAUAUUGACGAAUGUUAUCAAGGUUCACCAUGCGAACACAACGGACUUUGUGUCAACAUUCCCGGUUCAUUUGCUUGCAACUGCAGUCAAGGCUUUACUGGACCACGUUGUGAAACGAACAUCAAUGAAUGUGAAUCUCAUCCGUGUCAAAAUGAAGGAAGUUGCUUAGACGAUCCUGGAACUUUUCGUUGUGUCUGCAUGCCUGGUUUUACUGGUACUCAAUGUGAAAUCGAUAUUGAUGAAUGUGCAACAGCACCAUGUUUAAAUGGCGGUACAUGUCAUGAUCGUAUUAAUUAUUUUAAAUGUACUUGUGCUGUUGGUUUCACUGGUGUUUUAUGUCAAAUAAAUGUCGAUGAUUGUGAAUCUCAACCAUGUAAAAAUGGUGGAAUUUGUCACGAUGCUAUUGCUGGCUAUUCAUGUGAAUGUCCGCCAGGCUAUACAGGUUUAUCAUGUGAAAUCAAUAUUAAUGAUUGCUUAUCGAAUCCUUGUCAUCGCGGUGUUUGCAUUGAUGGCGACAACUCAUUUACAUGUCAAUGCAAUCCAGGAUAUACCGGCUACUUAUGUCAAACACAAAUCAACGAAUGUGAAUCAAAUCCAUGUCAAUAUAAUGGACAUUGCGAGGAUUUAAUCGGAAGUUAUCGAUGUCGUUGUUUACCAGGAACGUCAGGUACAAAUUGUGAGAUUAAUGUCAAUGAAUGUCAUAGCAAUCCGUGUCGUAAUGGUGCAACAUGCAUUGAUGGAAUCAACAAAUACACGUGUCAAUGUUUGCCAGGAUUCACUGGCAUUCAUUGCGAAACAAACAUCAAUGAAUGUGCAUCCGAUCCAUGUGCCAAUGGUGGCGUUUGCAUUGAUCUCAUAAACGGCUUUAAAUGUGAAUGUCCACGAGGAUAUUACGAUGCACGUUGCUUAAGUGAUGUCGAUGAAUGUGCGACAAAUCCAUGCAUGAAUGGACGUUGUGAAGAUGGCGUUAAUAAAUUUAUUUGUCAUUGUCAACCUGGCUUUGGUGGUAAACGUUGUGAAACGGAAAUCGAUGAAUGUGGAUCGAAUCCGUGUCAACAUGGAAGUCUUUGUAACGAUCUACUCAACGCUUAUUCAUGUUCUUGCAUGCCUGGUUAUACUGGAAAGAAUUGUGAAACAAACAUCGACGAUUGCUUUAAUAAUCCGUGUAAAAAUGGCGGAUCUUGCAUCGAUCUCGUUAACAGCUAUAAAUGUGUCUGUCGCAUUCCUUUCACUGGCAGAGAUUGCGAAUCAAGAUUAGAUCCAUGCAUGCCAAAUCGUUGUCGAAACGGCGCACGUUGCACUCCAAGUUCAAACUAUCAAGACUUCUACUGUUCGUGUCCACUCGGCUAUGCUGGUCGAUAUUGUGACGAAGACAUCAAUGAAUGUGAAUUGUCAUCGUCACCUUGUCGAAAUGGCGCAACAUGUAAGAACACAAAUGGAUCGUAUCAAUGUUUAUGUGCGAAAGGAUAUGAAGGAAAAGAUUGCACGAUCAACACCGACGACUGCGCUUCAUUUCCAUGUCAAAAUGGUGGAACAUGUUUAGAUGGAAUUGGCGAUUACACAUGCAUGUGUAAUGAAGGAUUCGAAGGGAAACAUUGUGAAGUUGACAUCAAUGAAUGUUUGUCACAACCAUGUCAAAAUGGCGCAACUUGCAAUCAAUACGUUAACUCCUACACUUGCACAUGUCCGUUGGGAUUCUCAGGAAUGAAUUGUCAGACAAAUGAUGAAGAUUGUUCAGCAACGUCGUGUAUGAAUGGUGGAACUUGCAUUGAUGGAAUCAACAGUUAUAAUUGCUCAUGUCGUGUUGGAUUUACUGGAUCAAAUUGUCAAUACAAGAUCAGCAAAUGCGACUCAUCGCCUUGCAAGAACGGAGCGACAUGCACUGAACAAAACAACGACUUCGAGUGUCAUUGCUCGUAUGGAUUCCAAGGCAAACAAUGUCAAAACUUCAUCGAUUGGUGUUCACAAGGACCAUGUGAAAAUGGCGCGACAUGCAUUCAACAAAAGAACGAAUUUCGAUGCGAUUGUUCACCAGGAUGGGCUGGAAAAAUGUGCGACGUUGAAAUGGUUUCAUGUGAAGAUGCAGCAAUUCGUAAGAAGAUUGAUUUAAAACGUUUAUGCAACAAUGGAACGUGUGAUAACUUUGGAAAUUCUCACAAAUGUAAUUGCUUGCAAGGAUACACGGGUUCGUAUUGUCAGAAGGAAAUUGAUGAAUGUGAGUCAGCUCCAUGCUUAAAUGGUGGAAUUUGUCGCGACUUAAUUGGCGCUUAUAAAUGCAUUUGCAAGAAAGGAUUCCAAGGACAAAAUUGCGAGUUAAACAUCGAUGAUUGCAAGCCAAAUCCAUGUCAAAAUGGUGGAACGUGUCAUGACUUGGUUGGUGGUUUUAGUUGUUCAUGUCCACCAGGCACAAUCGGAUUGAUAUGUGAAGUCAAUAAAGAUGAUUGUGAGCCAGGAGCUUGUCACAACAACGGCUCAUGUAUUGACAAAGUUGGUGGCUUUGAAUGUCGUUGUCCACCAGGUUUUGUCGGCAAUCGAUGUGAAGGUGACAUCAACGAAUGUCUCUCAAAUCCAUGUUCAAAUGCUGGAACUUUAGAUUGUGUUCAAAUGGUGAAUGAUUUUCAUUGCAAUUGCAAGCCUGGAUUUAUGGGACGUCAUUGUGAAAUUAAAGUAAAUUUCUGUGCCAAUUCUCCUUGUUUAAAUGGCGGCUUCUGUUCAGCACUUCAAAUCGGUCAUCAUUGUUCGUGCACUGAAGGUUUCUACGGCAAGAAUUGUGAAUUUAGUGGACAUGACUGCGAUUCAAAUCCAUGCAAUUCAGGCGAAUGUCAAUCACUUGAUGCUGGCGGUUAUGUUUGUAAAUGUCCACUUGGAACUGAAGGACGGUUUUGUGAAAUCGACACGAUUGAUGAAUGCAUUUCAAGUCCAUGCAAACAGAAUGCAAGAUGCAUCAAUAAACUUGGCGAUUUUGAGUGCAUUUGCCCAGCGAAAUGGAAAGGCAAGCGAUGUGAAGUUUACAACAGAAACUAUGAUAGAAAUGGCGGAUUUAGUGGCAUCGAAUAUGAUUGCUUGAAUAAAGGAUGCGAAGCGAAACAAGGAAAUGGACGAUGUGAUGAAGAAUGCAACACUUUGGAAUGUGACUUUGAUGGAAAUGAUUGUUCGUUAGGUGAAAAGCCGUGGAAAAAUUGCACAGCAACUAUUGACUGUUGGAAAGUCUUUUCCGAUGGCGUUUGUAAUGAAGAAUGCAACACACCCGAAUGCUUAUUCGAUGGACGUGACUGCGAACGUAAACUUCUUCCAUGCAAUCCAGCAUUUGAUUCUUAUUGUCGUAAACAUUACGCAAAUGGCUUUUGUGAUUAUGGUUGUAAUAAUGCUGAAUGUAAUUGGGAUGGAUUGGAUUGCGAAAAGGAACCACCGAGAUUAGCUGACGGCGUCAUUUCCAUCAUUCUUCUCAUGGAUAUGCAGGAAUUUAAACGCAACACGGUUCCGUUCUUAAGAGACGUUGGCCAUCAACUUCGAACGACUGUGAGAAUCAAGAAAGAUGGAUUUGGCAACGACAUGAUCUUCCCGUGGAAAGGUAAAAGCAACGUUCCUGAUCUCGAGACAUCUGACUUCGCAUCCAAGCAUAAAAUUCACAUAACCGAACGAGUAAGUCAGUCGGGCGUUCAUGUUUAUCUUGAAAUUGAUAAUCGUAAAUGCGUUGGCACAAUUGGCGCUGAAUGUUUCUCAAGUGCAUCUGGUGCAGCUCAAUAUCUUGCAGCAACAGCUGUUAAACAUAAUUUGACGCUUAAUUAUCCGAUUCAAUCUGUUCGUGGUGUGGAAUCACCUGAAGGGCCUGUCAAUGAUCCAACUGAUACAACUUUGGUCAUGUCUGGCUUCUUGUUUGUUGUGUUCUUUGGUGCAUUCAUUGGAGUUCUAGUGACGACACAAAGAAAGCGAUCACAUGGCGUUACUUGGUUCCCUGAAGGAUUCUUCACAAGCAACAACAACGCACCACAUUAUGAAGAAGCAGAUCCACGUGUUUGGUCGCAACAGCAUUUAGAUGCUGCUGAUGUUCGUGUGCCACAAGCGAUGAUGACGCCACCAAAUCAUCAUGAUGGAGGUAACGAAGUUGACAUUCGAGGGCCUUGCGGGAUGACGCCUUUAAUGGUCGCUUCAGUUCGUGGUGAUGGAAUUGACAAUGGUGAAGAUAUCGACAAUACUGAUGAGACGAACGCUCAUAUUAUUAGUGAUUUAGUGGCACAAGGAGCUGAACUUAAUGCUACUAUGGAUAAGACUGGAGAAACUUCAUUACAUUUAGCUGCACGUUAUGCAAGAUCAGAUGCAGCGAAACGACUUCUUGACGCUGGUGCUGAUGCAAACAGUCAAGAUAACACUGGUCGUACGCCAUUACAUGCUGCUGUUGCCGCUGAUGCUAUGGGAGUCUUCCAGAUUCUGUUGAGAAAUCGUGCAACAAACUUAAAUGCUCGAAUGCAUGAUGGAACGACGCCUUUAAUAUUAGCAGCUCGUUUAGCUAUUGAAGGGGUGGUUGAAGCUUUGAUUAAUGCUGAUUCUGAUAUAAAUGCAGCUGAUAAUUCAGGAAAGACGGCUUUACAUUGGGCAGCAGCUGUAAAUAAUGUUGAAGCUGUGAAUAUUUUGCUUCUUCAUGGUGCAAAUCGUGAUGCUCAAGAUGAUAAAGAUGAGACGCCGUUGUUCUUAGCAGCACGUGAAGGUUCGUUUGAAGCUUGUAAAGCUUUGCUUGAUAAUUUUGCAAAUCGUGAAAUUACUGAUCAUAUGGAUCGAUUGCCACGUGAUGUUGCUGUGAAAGGAACUGCAGCUGCAAUAGCAGCAACUGUUGGUGGCAAUCCUUUGAGUCCUGACUCGAUGACAGAUAAUUGCAUGAAAAGAAAAACGAGCGGCGUAAAGAAAGUUAACAAGAAGCAACAACAACAGCAACAGAUGAACUCCGAACAACGAUCAAAUAAUUUGACUGAAAAUUUAUCCUCAUCUAACAAUCAAAAGAAUAAUAAUAAUAGUACAAAUGCAUGCAAUAGCCAUAAUGUCGUCGUGAUUCAACAAGAAGAUCAAUUACAAGAAAUUGAAGAUUUAUUAAGUUCAGUUGAAUCUCCAGUGACAAACAUUCCAAGUCCAUACGACACAACAAGUCUUUAUUCGAAUGCAAUGGCUGCAUUUGAUAUUGAUUUCUUAACAACGAACAAUAAUAACAACAAUAAUAAUAACAAUACGACCAACAACAAUAAGAAGAAGAAACCUCCAAGUUAUGAAGAGUGCAUAAAAAACUCUCAACAAUCAACUCAGAAUAAUGCUGAGAAUUAUGGAUAUUCACUAAAUAAUCCAUUUCCUGAACAAAUGAUUCAACAAGGUGGACCUCGUAGUGUUGUUUCAAGCGAUCAGGGAUUAUCGCCUCCAUAUUCGAAUCAAUCUCCUCCGUACUCAGUUCAAAGCAAUAUGGUGCUUUCACCUCAUGGUUAUAUCAGCAGUUCACCUUCGCCAUCGAAAAAUUUAUCAAACAUGUCUUCAUCACCUGCACGUGUGCAGACAUUGCGAUCAUUACAGAAUCAAGCAAUGGAAAAUGCAUCGGCAGUUGCAAAUGGAAUACAAAAUGGAGCUGUUUACUCUCAAAUGCCGAUGAAUUUUGAAUAUAAUCAGAAUUCAAACCCAAACGGACUUGAGCUUGCGGGUUUCUGUAGUCCAUCAGGACCUGCAUCAGUUGCAUCAAUGUCACAAUGCAGUAGCAUUCAAUCUCCACCACCGCAUCAUCAAUCGCCUCAUCAUCAAUCUCAUUAUCAACAAUUAAAUCCAAAUCAACACGUCAUAGCAGGAUCAUCAAAAUCAUUUUACCAGUAUUUGACGCCACCGAGUCAUAACGACAGCGGAAAUCACACGCCUCCACAACAUCUAGUUCAAACAUUAGAUAGUUAUCCGACGCCAUCUCCUGAAUCUCCUGGCCAUUGGUCGAGCUCUCAAUCCCCACAUUCAAUAUCGGAUUGGUCUGAGAGUCAAUCACCGGUUAUAACAACAAAUCAAAAUCAUUAUGCCACAAACAGCCAUCAGACAAACAAAGGCUCAGAAGCGAUAUACAUUUGAAGUUUUGAACGAAAUUUAUUUAAAAGGCUUUAAAAAGAAAACAUGAAAUGUAAAUAAUUUUAAUUCAUUUUAAAGACAUGAAACUUUCUUUUCAGAGAAGAAAACUUUUAAGUUAAUUGAUUGAAGCUUGAAGAAGAAAAAAGUUUUUCAAUAUUGUUGCAAAUAUCGUAGAAUUUAGGGAAUUCUUGGGCCUUAAAAUGUUAUCAUAAAUGAAAAACUCCUACGAAAUAAACUGAUACUAUAAUGAAAAGUUAGCUUUUAAUAAAUAAUUAAAUAUUAAAGUUAAGAUUUUACAUUGAUUUUUUUUUUCUUUUUAAGAAACUGAGAACUUAGAUGAAUCAAUAAAAUUUUACAUUUUUAAAUUUUGCUGUAAAAUAAAAA